GGGCUGGGGCUGGGGCUGGGGCUGGGGCUGGGGGGGAUGAGGGUAUAUGAUUGUAAGGACUUUGUUGUUUGUUUGUUUGUUUGUUGUUGUUGUUGUUGAACUGAAACGUGGAUACCGUUAUUGCUGAUGAUGAAGAUGAAGGUGAAGGUGAAGAAGAUGAUGAUAGGAUGACAGGGUCAAGGAUGAUGGAUGACUGAUGAUGGUGAUGACGGAGACGACGGAAGCCUUUGCGUGCGUGCGUGCGUGAUUCGAAAGUCAAAUUGCCUCGUUUUGCUUCCUUUUUUUUGUUUUUUGGCUCUUUUCUCUUCUCUUCUUGACACUUUUGUGUUCUUGCGAUUACCGACGUUGCUGCUACUACCGCUCCUGCUCCUACUAUCCACCUCCCAGUCCACUGGAGGGAGGGCUACGAUAUCUAGGGAGCCAGCUUCUCGGGUUCUUUUCAUUUCUUUACUUUUUAUUUUCUUUUUUAUUUCUUUGCACAAUUACUUUCUUACGCUCUCUUUUGCUCUACAGUGUUUUUGUUAGGUUAGAGACUCACCCCCCUUCUUAUUUUUCUCUUCCAACGAAUUGCUGUGUGGUGUCCCGGAAAACACCACUCUCUGCUGUUUUCACAGCGGUAGGGACUCUUUCGGUUUGACAUAACUACGCUUCGUCAGGGAGAUAAAAUGAAAGAGGGAGCGGAUGGAGUCGCGAUUCACUCAUUGGAAAUAACUUUGGGGGUGGUUGAGGUACUUAUUGGUAUGAUUGGUUGUUCAGGUAUCAUUAGGUAGUCAGUCAGUCAUUCAUUACGUACCUAUCUAGAUAGAUGGUUUACUUAAAGCCCCCCCUUUUAUGAAGGCCAUUCGUUUUAAACACAUAUU